GGCGCGACCAGCAGCGCGGAGUCUGAGCAGCUCGCGCAGCAUAGCGGGCGCGCGCGCGAGGCGCCUGUGCGUCCGGGCAGCGGGAUGUGUGAGAGGAGAUCUCGUCGUCUCUCUCGAGCGAGACGCGACGCUGGAGCGGUGAGGUCCCGGCCUCGCCGCCUGCAUGGAGCUGAGCAGCGCAGAGGCGGUGUCCACCCGUUUCCUCGGCCUUACUCAGCGCUCAGUCUCUGAAGAUCUUGGUUGCAGACGUGGAGAGUUCAGCAGGAAGCACUAUGGAUCCGUGGAGCUUCUUAUAUCUAGUGAUGCUGAUGGAGCUAUUCAGAGAGCUGGACGAUUCCGUGUGGAAAAUGGCUCCGCUGAUGAGAAUACAGGCUACACUCCAGGUACAUGGCACAGGACAGAUGUGCAUUUGGAAAAUCCAGAGUAUUAUACAAGAUGGUAUUUCAAAUAUUUUUUAGGAAAAGUUCAUCAAAAUUAUAUAGGUACAGACUCAGAGAAGAACCCUUUCUUUCUGUCUGUUGUACUUUCUGACCAAAAUAAUCAGCGUGUUCCUCAAUACCAUUCAAUUCUUUGGAGAAAAACGGGUACUCAGAAAAUAUGUCUCCCUUACAGUCCCACAAAAACAUUAUCAGUGAAAUCUAUAUUAAGUGCAAUGAGUCUUGAGAAAUUUGAGAAGGGGCCAAGGGAAAUUUUUCAUCCUGAUAUACAGAAGGAUUUAUUGGUUCUUGAAGAGCAAGAGGUAAAUGGAUCUGUGAAUUUUAAAUUUGGAAUCCUUUAUGCUAAGGAUGGGCAGCUUACAGAUGAUGAAAUGUUCAGCAAUGAAACUGGAAGUGAAAGCUUUCAAAGAUUUUUGCAUCUCUUGGGUGACACGAUUACUUUGAAAGGCUGGACAGGCUACAGAGGGGGACUGGACACAAAAAAUGAUACCACAGGAACCUUUUCCAUCUAUACAGUUUACCAAGGGCAUGAAAUUAUGUUCCAUGUUUCAACAAUGCUACCAUAUUCUAGAGAGAACAAACAGCAGGUAGAAAGGAAGCGGCAUAUUGGAAAUGACAUUGUCACUAUCGUAUUUCAGGAAGGAGAAGAGACUGCUCCAGCAUUCAAGCCAUCCAUGAUUCGCUCUCAUUUUACACAUAUUUUUGCCUUAGUGAGAUAUAAUAAGGAAAAUGAUAGUUACAGGCUAAAAAUAUUUUCAGAAGAAAGCGUUCCUCUCUUUGGGCCUCCACUUCCAUCCCCACCUGUGUUUACAAAUCACCAGGAAUUCAGGGAUUUUGUUUUGGUUAAAUUAAUAAAUGGGGAAAAAGCCACCUUGGAAACACCAACGUUUUCUCAGAAACGUCAGCGUACUCUAGACAUGCUGAUCCGCUCUUUAUACCAGGACCUGAUGCCUGAUCUGCACAAGAACAUGCUGAACAGGAGGUCCUUCAGUGAUGUGUUACCAGAGUCUCCAAAAUCAACACGGAAGAAGGAGGAAGCUCGGCAAGCAGAAUUUGUCCGACUUGGUCAGGCACUCAAACUGAAAACUGGUGUGAAAGGGGAUACACCAGCUACCUUGGCAAAUACAAGCUUUUGUAAAAAGGAACCUUGGGAGUCCCAGUCUUUCUGCAGUAAUUUUCCUCAUGAGGUCAUCUGUGCAGAUUCUUGGGGCCAGUCCUUGCUGGUUUCUACAGAUGCUGGCGUCUUGUUAAUAGAUGAUGGUCAAACUGCUGUUCAAGUAUUUGAUAAAACUCUGCAAAUAAAGCAGAUGCAUGUGUUGGAAGCUCUGGAUUAUUUGAUUGCCCGAACAGAUAAAGGGAAAGACUCCCGUCUCCUUGUCUUCAGAUUGAGUUCAGUCCAAAAAGAUAUAGAAACAAAGCAGGUGAUAAGAAGCAAAUAUGACUGCAGAGAAAAUAAAUUGGAGAGAACAAAAGGCUGCCAUUUAUAUGCUAUUAAUACUCACCAUGGUGGUGAACUGAGGAUUGUUGUGGCUAUUCGGAACAAACUACUUCUCAUCAUAAAGAAAUACAAUCCAUGCAACAGUUUAACAGGCAGCUCUCCAUCAUUAUCUGAAUCUCCAUUAGAGGAGUUCCAGUAUAUCCGGGAAAUAUGCCUUUCUGACCCUCCAGUGGUUAUGACGCUAGUUGAUGGACCUACUGAAGACAGUGACAAUAUGAUUUGUGUAGCUUAUCGGCAUCAGUUUGAUUUAGUUAACGAAAGUACUGGGGAGUCCUACAGACUGCAUCAUAUUGAAGCAAACAAGGUUAAUUUUGUUGCAGCUAUUGAUGUAUACGAAGAUGGUGAAGCUGGUCUACUAUUAUGUUAUAACUAUGUUUGCCAGUAUAGAAAAGUGUAUCCGUUUAAUGGUGGUUCUCCGCUGAUUCAGCCAUCAGCUUAUGAUUUUCACUUUUGCUGGAAUCAAGUUCCUUAUGCUGUUGUCUGUGCUUUCCCUUACAUACUUGCCUUCACUACUGAUUCCAUUGAAAUACGUUUAGUGGUGAAUGGAAACUUAGUCCACACAGCAGUUGUGCCUGAGCUUCAACUUGUAGCAUCAAGGUCGGAUAUUUAUUUUAAAGCUACUGCUGCAGUAAGCGGAUCAUCUCAUAGCAGUUCUAAGGAAAUGAGUUCAAGAAGUUCACCUCAAACACCUACAGCUUAUGACAUGCCAGAAUGUUCUCUUUCUUCUUCAGAAGUUUCAGGUGAAGUUACAUGUAAAAACUUGUAUAAAAUUCCUCUUAGUAAUCUGGUAGGGCGAAGCAUUGAACGACCUCUGAAGUCACCUUUGACUCCUAAAGUCGUCACUACUCCAACAUCCGGUGGCAUCACCUCUCUUCCUGUUACUCACUCACUAUCCUUAUCUCGCAUGGAAAUUAAAGAAAUUGCAAACAGAACACGUAAAGAAUUGCUGGGCCUCUUGGAUGAGCCUAUUCCCAAGACAGAAGGUUCACAGAAGCAAAAAAAGAUUCCUCGAAGACAGUCAGACCCCAAGCAGGGAGCAGUAAGAUCAACUAGUAGUGACAGAAUAAUCUCAGCCUCUUUCGAAAGCUAUUCUGAGGGUCGUCAUCUUUCCACUAGUUCAGAUCCUGAUUCUGUAGCAAACAGGGAGGAGAGCUCACCAUUUAGCUAUCCAUUUCAUCUGACUUCUUUAUCUGAUGAAGACAUCAUUGACUUGAAGUGAAGACAGACAAGACUGUUCCUUACUUCACCUUUUCUUACAACUCUGUGAGCUCUGUAGGAAUGUCACAAACAGUGCUUCUAGUGGUAAAAUGUGGCUGGAAGUAUUGGUGAUUAAUCUUUAUAGGUCUCAUGUUGUUCUGGCUUGCUUAGCCUGGUUUGGUGAUGCUUGCAUCUUUGAUGUCUGUUUGUUUUCUUAUUUUAGUUAAUGAACUAUUACUUUUCUGUGGUAUUUUAAAGGUAGGUUAUCAAUGAGAGCUUCAGGCUGAAAUUGAAGUAAAUAAAAAGUAUUUCUUAUUCUGAACUACCUGAAGUAGCAUUCUGCAAAGUUAAUUGCUGUUACUAAUGUUGUGAGUUGUUUUACAGCAGUGUGUGCAAUGUAGGAAGAAGAAUUUUGUAAUGAAAAUCACUCCUUUUGUUGUGUUUUUUUUUUUUUUUUAAUCUUAAAAAAGCUUAAAAAAAAAAAAAAAAAUCUU